GCGGCGCGCGGGGCAUCACGGGGCUUGUGGUCCCCCGGAAGGGCCGCGCCCAGCUCGCGGCCGCACCUCCCCACACUACAACUCCCACGGGGCAGCGGGACGCCGGCUCCCCGCGCCGGCCGACGGGUCGGGCCGCCAGCUCGCGCUCGGGCCCUGGCUGCCGCCGCGGGGCGGGGCGGGAAGAUGGCGGACGUGGUCGUGGGCAAGGACAAGUGCGGGGAGCAGCGGCUCGUCUCGCUGCCCCUGUCCCGCAUCCGGGUCAUUAUGAAGAGCUCCCCCGAGGUGUCCAGCAUCAACCAGGAGGCGCUCGUGCUCACGGCCAAGGCCACGGAACUCUUUGUUCAAUAUCUAGCCUCCUAUUCCUACAGACAUGGCAGUGGAAGGGAAAAGAAAGCACUGACUUACAGUGAUUUAGCAAAUACUGCAGAGGAAUCCGAAACUUUUCAGUUUCUUGCAGAUAUAUUACCAAAGAAGAUUUUAGCUAGUAAAUACCUGAAAAUGCUAAAAGAGGAAAAGAGGGAAGAUGAGGAGGAGGAGAAUGACAACGAUGAUCAAAACGAUGAUGAUGAAGCUGAAUCCUAAACCAAACAAGUGGUUUAAAAGUCAGCCUGGUGAGGAGCCUCCUGGAUUAGCACCGAAGCGUGGCACUGUUGCGCCUUAGAGACUUCCAGUUUGUUGUAUUCUUCCUGGCUAAGAUGAGCACCUCACGCACCUAAGCCAUAAAUAGCCAAAGGGAAAGUAAUCCCGGCAGCAGUCUCAUGGCAGGCCCAUACUGCAGUGAGAGGUCACCAAAAAAGGUGCCAGCACAGUCAGGCACUGCUGGUUGACCUGCUGCCACUCCAAACUGUAGAGGCAAAGAUGAUUUUGCUUCAUUUUUUGAUUUACAAAUAGAUUUUGAAGAACUCCUAAAUAUCAGUUGUGUAAAUUCAUAUGUGUAUAUUUUGGAAUUCUUAUAAACAACUAGAUUCAGUUUCAGCUGAAUUUAGAGUUUAUAGGUAGUAUGUUACAUUUGAAUUUUUGUAUUUUACAAGAAUUUGAUUAUUAAAAUAUUUUUUUUACUAUAAAGAAAUAUACUUUUUCUAUUAAAGAUCUGUACAUAUUUUUACAAAAAUGCUUCAUGGAACUAGUUUCAGAGUCCUCUGUCCUUAUGUUUUGCUUACUGUCUGAGAAUUUUGCGAAAUUUAAAAAUAAGCAUUUCUAACACUUUUAUUUCCAAAGGAAAAUUCCAAGUCAAAACUACCAAA